CCGGCUACUCGCCUAGCAAAAUUCUUCGUUAUGUACAAAAAUUCGAGAUUAUCAAUUGGAAGAAGUUAUACUGCAAAGUGCAAACUAUAGUACACGUGACACUAGCACCCACUGCUUCACCCCACUCCAUCCCUUUAUAUAUAUAUGGACGUUGGUUUAAGUAGUAGUGCAUUGAGUUAUAACUUAUAUACAAGUAACGGCCAUUCAUUCGGUCCUGUAUAAUACUAUUGACAUACAGAAAUUAAGCUUAAGAGAUAGAUCUCGUGAUGACAAUGGUGGUGUAUGGCGUAUUAAUGUUGUGGUGUGCAAUAGUUGGGGUUGCCAUGAGGCCCGGGGUGAUGGAGGAUCAGACGCCGCUAAGGUCGUCAUCAGCAGCUAAUAGUAGUAGUUAUGACUACGCAGAUGCUCUGGAAAAGGCUAUCUUAUUCUUUGAAGGACAACGUUCAGGACAGUUGCCGUCCAAUCAAAGAGUCACCUGGAGAGCAGACUCUGCUCUCUCUGAUGGCAAACUUCAAAAUUUGGAUUUGACCGGAGGAUAUUACGACGCUGGUGAUAAUGUGAAGUUUGGAUGGCCAAUGUCAUUUACAGUGACGUUAUUGAGUUGGGCAAAUAUUGAGUAUCAGACUCAGAAACAGACUGAUCAAAACCUCCAAAGUGCAAUCCGCUGGGGCACUGAUUUCAUACUCAAAGCCCACACUUCGCCGACUACGCUCUUCACACAGAUCGGAGAUGGGAACGCCGAUCACCAAUGUUGGGAGCGCCCAGAGGACAUGGAUACUCCAAGAACACUCUACAAGAUUGAUUCUUCUUCCCCUGGAACCGAGGCUGCUGCUGAAUCUGCUGCUGCUCUUGCUGCUGCCUCUAUUGCCUUCAAGAAAACAGAUCCCGCUUAUUCAUCAACCCUAUUAACCCACUCUAAAUCACUGUUUGAUUUUGCUGACAAUUAUAGAGGAUCGUACUCGCUUUCUUGCCCAUUCUACUGCUCCUACUCAGGUUACCAGGAUGAACUGUUAUGGGCGGCGUCUUGGCUAUACAAGGCCACCGGAGAAAGCCAGUAUUUGAACUAUAUUAUUUCUAACCAAGGUUGGAGUCAAGCCGUAAAUGAGUUCAGCUGGGAUAACAAAUUUAUUGGAGCUCAAACAAUACUCACCCAGGAAUUUUAUGAGGGGAAGAAUGAACUGGGCAAGUUUAAGAGUGACGCUGAAUCAUUUGUAUGCGCAGUGAUGCCAGGAAGUAGCUCUCAACAGAUUAAGACGACUCCCGGCGGUCUAUUGUAUACUAGAGACAGUAGUAACUUGCAAUAUACAACAAGCUCAACCAUGGUGCUAUUCAUUUUCUCCAAAAUCCUAAGCAGGAACAACGUCAGUGGAAUCCAGUGUGGCUCUUCACAUUUCACUGCCCCCCAAAUUAGAGACUUUGCAAAAACACAGGUGGACUACAUACUGGGAAAGAAUCCAAUGAGUAUGUCGUACAUGGUUGGAUUUGGCAGUAACUACCCAAAGAAAUUAUCAAACUAUUACAAUUCACCAAAUCCAAAUCCCAAUACUCACGUUGGUGCCAUUGUUGGAGGCCCUGAUUCCAAUGACCACUUCGGUGAUGAAAGAUCUGACUAUUCUCACAGCGAACCUACAACCUAUAUUAAUGCUGCUUUCGUCGGUUCCGUCGCUGCUUUGCUUGCUGAAUGAACCCACACACCACACCAACGCUACUUAAUAUCAUCAUUGCAUGUGUCAUGAACUAAUAAUUCAUUAUAUAAGCUGAGUGAUACUGCCUAGGUACCCCAGCCAUAUGUAUACAUAUAUGUCAUUUGAAUUUAAGAUUCAAAUAAACUAGUAUUGUACGUUAUUGUUUUAAUAAGUUAUAUACAAUAAAAAUUUGGAAUCAA